GGGAUUCGAACGUAGUUUAAGUAUAACCAUCGAACUGUUGAGAGUAGCAAGAGCAAGAGUGACGGUUGACGCGACUAUCUUAUAAUAAAAUAUUUUAUUUCGUUUAAAUAAAAAAAUAAAAACAAAAUGAAGCAAUUCGCAGUUUGUGCCAUUGUUGCUGCAUUACUUGUAGUUUCAACCAACGCUCAAAAGGGAUUCGUUUGCCCAAAAGCAAAUGGUGAAUUCGAAGAUUCACUGCAAUGUGACAAAUACUAUUCGUGUUCCGAUGGUGUGGCAACUGAAAAAAUCUGUCCCGAUGGUUUGGUAUUCGAUCCAUUGAUCAGGAAGAUCAACAAGUGUGAUCAACCCUUCAAUGUUGAUUGUGGAGAUCGUACUGAACUUCAAGCACCAAAAUCCAAUGCUUUGUGCCCACGUAAAAAUGGUUUUUUCCCACAUCCCGAUGAGACUAUUUGCAACGUUUUCUACAAUUGCAUUGAUGGUGAUGCCACAGAAAUGAAGUGCACAGUUGGAUUAUGGUUCGAUGAUUAUACUGGUAACUGCGUGUGGCCCGAUUCCACCGGACGUACUGGAUGUAUUGAAGCUGACAAGAAGAGUCCCGAUGGUUUCGUGUGCCCAAAGGAUUCAGCUAAGACCGAUCGCUCUGGAAACUCUGUUGCUCAUCCCAAGUACGCUCAUCCUACCGAUUGCCAAAAAUUCUACGUGUGCUUGAACGGUGAAGAGCCACGUGAUUUGGGUUGUCAAGUUGGUGAAGUAUACAACGACGAAACUGAACGUUGUGAUGCUCCCGAAAAUGUUCCCGGAUGUGAAGAUUGGUACAAAGAGAGCGAUGAGAAAGAGAAUAAGAAGAAUUAAGCUGUGAAUCUGUUAAUUUUUUCGAUAUAAUUUUUAAUAUUUUAGUCGUAGCUUAUAGUAAUAUACUCUAGAAUAUGAAAGGUUUUUUUUUCUUAUAUAUUAUAUUUUCUUGUUGUAAGUAAAGAAACCUUUUCCUAAAUUAA